AUGUGGCAGCGCAGCGCACCCCAGCUGACGCUCGCUCUGCGGUGCACUAGGGUCGCGCUGGCUCCUCGACAACCUUCUUCCUCCGCCACCGGCAGAGGCAACAGCAGCAGCAGCGGUUUUGGCAGUGGGUGGGCGCUUCCCAAGCAGAUCGCCAGCUGGUAUCCUCGCAAGGGUGGUGAAUUCCUUGCCAACACGAUAGCUGGCCACAAUACCUUCAUCCAGGACAUUCCAACUCGCUUCGACGAGGUGCACGCACGGCACUUCUCUCUUGUCGAGGGACUUACAAUCACUCCACUCUACACACUAGCGAUAGUGCACUACUUUUCUAUCUUCUGCCAGUACCCGACCCGUGUCGAGCUGUUGAAGCCAAUGUUGGACGAGCUGGGCCAGAAGAGCAAGCUACAGUACCACUGGCUGCUCAUCAUGCAGGCAAAGAGAACACCAGCGGAGAUCAUUGCGUGGCGGUGUGGGCUGCUCACCCUGCAGUUUGUGCUCUUCCCCAUUUGGCUCUUUCUCUCCUCCACAGCGCCACAGCUUGUGCACGCCACCAUCGCUUUCUCCAGCCACAUCCUCCACACCAAGUAUGGUUGCCUGAGCUCCAGUGGCAGCAGCACCGCUGGUGGCCGGGCGGCGGCGGUGGUGCCCGAGUUCGUGUUAAAGGGGGCGGACAUGUACGCGGCAAUGCAGACCUUCCACGAGACGCAGAGUGUCACCGUACCGACAGACUUUGGAGUAGCUGUCGUGAUGCUGCUGCUGAUUCUCGUUCUCACGUUGUGA